AUGGCGUCAGUAACGACCCAUCUACUUGUUGUUGUUACCAUGUUGGUCUCAGCCAUGGCCGUAGCUUCAGAGUCCAACAUGCUUCAAGAUAUUUGUGUUGCUGAUUUGUCCAAUGCGGUCAAAGUCAACGGAUACACAUGCAAGGACACAACACAAGUAACACCGGAAGACUUCUACUUCCAAGGCUUAGCCACCGCCUCCGCCGCUUCCAACACCUCCACGGGAGCCAUAGUAACCGGAGCCACCGUAGAGAAGCUACCAGGACUCAACACUCUAGGCCUCUCCAUGUCCCGCAUUGACUACGCACCAAACGGCCUAAACCCACCGCACAUCCACCCACGCGCCUCUGAGAUAAUUUACGUCCUAGAAGGUCAGCUUUACGUAGGCUUUGUAACUACCGCUGGAAAACUCGUUGCUAAACACAUUAACAAAGGAGAAGUCUUCGUUUUCCCCAAAGGACUUCUACAUUUCCAGAAGAACAUUGCCAAGUCUGCUCCAGCUUCUGUAAUAGCAGCUUUUGAUAGCCAGUUGCCUGGAACACAGUCGCUUGUGUCAUCUCUCUUUGGUGCUCUUCCUGAAGACAUUCUUGUUAAGUCUUUCCAGUUCAAACCCAAACAGGUUAAGAAGAUUAAGUCCAGAUACCAACCCAAGAAGUGA